UAAUUAUAUUAUUAAUUUUAAUAACUUUAAUCCUAUUUUGCAAACCCUGAAGUUUCUUUCAUUAUUUCGUUAUUUUUUAAUACAGUUAUUGUGUAUUGCCUUCUUGUUUUUAGAUUUUCCUAUGACAAUGACGAACGAUAACGUGAAAAUUAAAAUGAUUAGGAAGUAUUUAAAGUUAAAAAUAAUAGAAAAUAAUGUGUCGUUUAAAAAUCAUAACCAAGAGAAGAAUAGUGUUUACGAUUUGAUGAAACGAACUGUCUUGCAAGGAGAGUCUCAUUCCGCUCUAAUUAUAGGACCUCGAGGUAGCGGCAAAACUACUCUUAUAAAUUCAGUACUUCACCAACUGUCCAAGGAGGUGGAUAUAGAGAGUGAUGCAAUCAUAGUCAAAUUGAAUGGUUUGAUACAUCAUGAUGAUAAAAUUUCACUGAAAUCUAUCACAGCUCAGAUGCAACUGGAGAAUGCUGUUGGCGACCGAGUCUUUGGUACAUUUGCUGAGAACCUCUCCUUCUUGCUGAGCUGUCUUCAAAGCGGUGCUGAUAGGCGCUGCAAGAGUAUGGUGUUCAUAUUGGAGGAGUUUGACAUGUUCUGUCAUAGUGGCCGCACACAGACAUUGCUGUACAACUUGUUUGAUAUCACACAUAGCAAGCAGUCGCCUAUGUGUGUUUUAGGUGUCACAAAUCGCCUAGAUGUUAUGGAAUUGCUGGAAAAACGAGUAAAGUCACGGUUCUCGCACCGACACAUAUUCCUGUUUCCAAAUGAAGAUAUAGAAGCAAAUAAUACAAAUUCUACUUCGAAAUCACCUGUACAGUUGCUUAAGGCAUUGCUAGUAGAUUUGCUGAGCAUGCCAUCCGGUUUGGGAAAGAGGGAUGAUAUGGAAACGCCUAGAAAGAGAAAAGUAAAAGGGAAAAAAUCAGCAUACAUAGAAGAAAUGGAGGUAGACAGAAGUAAUGAAUAUUCAAUACCAACAGAAGUAUUGGAAAGAUGUAAAAUGGAUGUACGACAAUUUGCUGAACUGGAUCCAGGGUAUAUAGAAGACUGGAAUUCCCAUAUAGCGGCGUUAGCCAUGAGUGACAUUGUUACUGACUCAAUAGAGAAAUUUUGUUAUUAUACAGCCAACGAACAGAUAUACAGGAAUAUUCUGUUUCAGUUAGUAUGUCAACUUUCGCCAAACAAACCAUACAUAGAUGCAACAGAUCUGACGACGUUCAUAGACAAAACUGUAGCCCCGGAGCAUAGAGUGAAACUGUUGCAGUCACUGUCUAUACUAGAAUUGUCUCUGGUUAUAGCUAUGAAACACGGGUUGGAGAUCUUUGAUGGGCAGCCUAUGAAUUUCGAGAUGGUUCUACAUAGGUAUACAAAAUUCGCAAACGCCAAUUCGUCAACGCAAACCGUCCCCAGGCCAGUCAUACUGAAAGCGUUCGAACAUCUACAAGCUUUAGAAAUAAUACUUCCAGUACGAAAUACUGACUCUAUAUACAACUCAAGUGAUACCACAGCCAGUCGAGUGCAGAAGGAAUAUAAAUUAUACACUCUAGCCGUGCCCAUAGAUGAUAUUAACGAGGCUGUGAAGAAUUUCAAGGCUCUGCCCACAGAAAUUAGUCAUUGGUACAAUAAUUCUGUUGUUUAAAAUUUUCAAAAACAAAAUCAUUGUUGAACUACGGUUUAUUAAUAUAGUUAAUGGUUUUAAAACGAAUAAUUUUAGACGUGGUCUCGAAUGAAUCAAUAUAUACUUUCUGCGGCAUUCCGAAGUAAGUUUUGAAACAAUGGUAACAAUAAACAACUAAUUUAAAUUCAAUAAUAUAUACUAUAAAUUAGACAUACAACUCGUGACCACGGCUACGGAAGUGUGCAACCUUGUGGAAAUGUCGUGAGAGGUAAAUACGAGUAUCUUCACUAUAAAAAUAUUCGUAUUAAAACUUGAACGUGAAAGUUUAAAACUAAAUAAAGUAAUGUUUAUUUUAAAACAAUUACUUAACUAUGUUUAAAGUAUUACUAUUUUUUU